UCGCGGUCGUGUUGUGUUGAAGUGCCGUGUUUCGCGUAAUCGCAUCGAGCACGAAUGACGCUUUGUUUGCUGUGAUUACGGGCGAUGUGAGUUCAGUGAAGCCGUUAUUAAAGAGAUUGUCGUCGCGGGCAUGGUCAUUGAGCAGUGAAAGAAACGUCCACGCGCGAUCAAAGUACGAAAAACCAGGCUCAUCGUUUCGGUCGGACCGCGUGCUCUCCCUACCGUGUUGGUCUUUGCUCUUUUGGGGGGUUUUCAAGGUUACGCUUUCAUUGCCGGCACGAACGAUCCGGGCCGUUGCUUCUGUCUGCGGUUCUGCUCGUUUUUUUCUGUCAUUCGCGCGCGCAACGGUCCUCCGUGCGAUCGAAAAACUCGUGGAAGACGGAUUCUGACGUUGGCCUAUCGCGUGUGGCGCGGGGCACGGGGUAAUUUCGGUGAGUUUUGUGCGUCGUCGGUUUACAGGUUGUUCGUUCCGGUGUGCCGGGAACAGUGAAAAUUGUUCGCCGGCAGUAUUGCCGAACGGAGCAGAUGAGAUUCAACGUCGAUGGUAACGGUGUCGAAACGGAGCUGAUCGUAGUCGUGCGACAGGAAUCCCCAAGGUCACGGAGGAAAAAACACGACAAGACAUCAGAAUCAUAAUAACGACAGAGGAUAAAACCUAACUUCGCGAACCGUUUCGUAUUUACGUGGGAUCAUUAAACAAGACUCGAAAAGAAAAUCGCGCGUAUAACCUCUUCGCGUCUCUUUGUCUCGGACCGGUGCGUCGACCCUUGAAAAAUUUUUACGCGUAAAAAGCAAGGACAACGAAGCGACGAGUGUUCGGGGAUACGGAACAAAAAAAAAACGAGAAAAAAAGAUUGAUUUCUCGUCGCGCGUGCGGGCGAACGAGCACGUUGCCGUGUUUUAAAAGCCCCCGUCGGUGUUUCUAAUUCGCGACCCCUCUGGCCCGGACCGACGAUUCGCGUACGUUUAUCGAGACACGUGUACGAGCAGUAGUUUCGAUCGCGUUUCGAAUGAUUGGCCUCCUCCCCCGCGUCGGUCUCUGCUCGUUCGACCCUCGCGGUGCUUCGUGAAAUAGAUCGAGACAGGGACACGGAGUACGAUUAACCGCGUUUCUUCGUUUAAUUCCUACCUGCGCGUCGAGUUCCAGUGAACCGGAGUGGCCUGGGCACGGAAGCGCCCCCCGGAAGAUCGUAUCGACACAUUGGGCCAGUUCGACCGUCCUCGCCUCGUAAUGAGCUAGAGUCGAAGAUCGAACGUGACUAGCGACCCUCCAAUCGUCUAUCGGUAUUCUCGGAGGAGCCGUUAAUCGAGGUGCCGCCCGUUACAAGAAAGAAAAAGAAAAACCCUCGAUCGAUUCUAUACCGAAUAUCGUAUGUAUGUGAUUCGAUCGUCGUAAUCGCGAACGGACGUCGAUUCGAGGAUGUCGCGGCGCGCAGCAUCGGGAUAUAGCGCGUAAGGGGUUAAAGAGCACGACAGAGGGGGCGAUUUAAAAAAAAAAAAAAAAAACGGAGUCGAACACGCUGAACGUAAGGAAAGGGUGUGUACCUCGAGGCCCUCGCGGUCCCCGAACACCGACAGACAUGACCAUGGCCAGCAACAUCGUGGUCGAGUGGCUGCGUUCGCUUCACCUCGGCCAGUAUUCCGAGUCGUUCAUCGACAAUGGCUACGACGACCUUGAGAUCUGCAAACAGAUCGGGGAUCCCGAUCUCGACGCGAUCGGGGUGUUCAAUCAGACCCAUCGCGCCCGGUUGUUGCAAUCGGUCAAGACACUGCGCGAGGAAGGCGCAGCUAGCGUUUACUUUACGCUGGAGGAGAGCAACGACUGUCUGUGCGACAACGUCAGCUCCAAGUCCUCGAGGACGUCCUCCGAGAGACCACCCAGUGAUAAAGAGGCGCAGAGGGCCUCGCCGACCGCCAGCUCCUCCAGCGGUGGUCAGGAAUUAACAAAGUUCGCGGACGAGUACGAGGAGGGAAAGGCGGAGCUCGUCAGAAUCCCGAGGAUGCAGCUCAGGAUGUUGCUGCAGGAGAGGCUGAGACACGACGGCAUCAGGCUGGCCUGUCAACCGUACACAACACCGGAAGGUGAGAGGGGUUACUUGGAGGGGCUCGCUUCAAGAUAUGCAGACCUCUUCAGAACACAUUACGGAGACGUCCUGGAGCCACUCGAGGAGCUACGCCGCCGUGAAACAAAUGCUUCCCCCCGAAUGCCCAACACUCAACUCACCACCAGUCAUUCACAGCCCAUUUACGUGCCUGGAAAAUACUCGCCCUCGAGCUGUCUCAGCGACAAGGAGGAGGACGAAAUCUAUGGGUUCGGAUACGGAGUCUUCAGCAGGCAGAUGCUUCAGCAUCGACAACAGAAGCUGGCUCUCGCCGCGCAAAAUACUACCGCGAUGACACCGGCCGGACAUCAACAACCUUAUCAGAGUUGCCUGAGCCCGAGAUCUGCCUUCUUUUACGAGUUCCCACCAAACGAGCAAGGACAGAAUACAGGCAAGAAGAAAACGACAUUUUCGAGACUACUCCGUGGGCUGAAAACGCACAGGAAAGAAAAGCAAGGCCAGGUUCAAGGUUCUCCGAGACAUACUCGUACCAGGGUGGGUGUGCCACAAAGAGUGGAUACGCCAGAUAGCGUAUUGCAGAGUGGAUUGGGUCUAGGACCAGACAUGGGAAACACGAUUCUACGUUCCAUGGUAGAUCCAAGGGAUUACGACCGAUUAAGAUACCUACAGAUGAACGGUGGACAACCAAACAGCUUCGAAGAAACUAUACACAGGCUGAAAGUUCAAGAGGCACUGAGGAAGAAAGAGAGAUUUCACAAAGAACACGAAGAGAUACUGAGGGACAUUCGGCAAGGCUUAAUGCAGCUUGGACGAGACGGACGGGGUCAGCUCCCUGGAGACGACACUUACAUGUACGACGAAGAUGCACGUUGCGGAGGAGGAUUAGGUCCAGGUCCUGGAGGUCAACACUGGUACGAUGAGCCCCCUUACGAAUCCGAUCCCGAAGAUUUUCUUAUGGGAGCAAGUGGUGGCGCAGUACCAACUGCAACUAUCCAAAAUGGAAGAGUGUGCUUCACACUGAAUUUAAGGCCGGAAAACAGGAGUGAGGGAAUCAUAUCGCUUCGGACCGCUGGAGACAUUAGUUUACCUCGAGAUCGUUCCAGAAAGGGGGCAACUUCGAUGAUGCGGGGGCUUAUUGUGCCGCAAGGUCACAAUAAUCCACCGACUAUAAUACCACUGACGCAUUCAAGGGCAUCUCGAGAAAGCGGAGAUUACGCGAGUAGCGACGUCCAGUCGGAAGCUAGCGUUCUGCUGGAGGGCGACGCUAGGGCGCGGAUCGCAGGUCGAGCGAGGAACCUGCGACACGACGUGCAACGCAAGAUCUCGAGGCUUCGACAGGAUCGCGCCUCUUCGGAGGCCUUCCCGUGCAGCGCCAGCAGCGUCGAGAGUCUUCCAAGCGGCAGUGGUUCCAGUACACAGGCCCUCGUGCGUGCAGGAAGCAAUCACAGCUCGAUAUCCUGCGAGGACAGAGACGCCAUCAGCCCGACCUCCAUGGGACCCGUGCUCUGCAGGGCUAGAGCGCUCGUGGACUACACGCCUAGCCCUUACGACAAAGAUGCGCUCAAAUUCAAGAAGGGAGACAUUAUCGACGUGGUACAAAUGAACAAGAGCGGUCUGUGGAAGGGUAUCAUGCACAACAGGAUAGGCCACUUCAAGUUCAUAAACGUUGAGAUACUGAACGACAGGGUUACAAGGCGCGGGGAACCCGAGGGGCGGGGGAAGUGGGGCCAGAGGUACAGGCAGAAGCCCGGUUCCGUUCAAGAGCUCUUGCAGAGAAUGAAUCUUCAGGAACACAUUCCUGUUUUCGUGUUGAACGGAUACGAGGACCUGGAACUCUUCAGAGAAAUAGAGCCCGCGGAUCUCGAUUAUCUGCGUAUACAUCAGCCAGAACAUCGCGCCAAGAUUCUUACAGCGGUACAAUUACUGCAUGAUCUUCAAUCUGGAAGCGAAGGAGAUUUAGCUUCGAGUUCGGAGGGCGACGAGGUCAGUCGAUUGGUCUUAACUUCCGACCAGACAUCCGGCCACUGUUCGCCGUUCAAUCGUCGCCAGUUCCCGCGGGAUUCAGGCUGCUACGACGCUCACAAGAAUCCCACCAGUCGACGAACCGUAAGCCCGGAGUCGGCUACGUCCACCAAGCUGCCCAGAGAGAACAAUCUCGACGCCACAGCGUCGGCGAAGAGCGUCGGUAGCGUCAGCACAGAAGGAAACCCCGCGUCCGACAGCAAGGACGACUUCCAUCCGAACAUACCCAUCGUUGGCAACAUCGCUGGCCAGAAGGAGGGUCACUUCGACAAGUCGCCGUUGUUGCGCGGCGGGAACAUUCGUUUCAUCUCCAAAAAGGGAAACUUUGGGGAAACCGUGGUCAUCGAGGACGCAUGCGACAGUGGACAGAAGCUUGGAAGUUUGGUGAAAUACGUGGUGGGAAGCAGCGACAUUGGCCUCGAGGGUGCAGGCACUGUGCCUGGUCUUGGUCAAAGGGGUUGCGUCAGCGAAAAAUCCAGCGACUCGGGUGUCAGUUCAUCCAGCAUCAGCUCAGCGCCGCCACCCAGGGACAAGGCACUUGCCAGCGUUGCUUCAGAUUCGCCUACAAAGAACUUUGGGAACUUCACCAGGGCGUCGCCUACUUCUCAGCCAGCCAACAAGACGCAAAACGGCGACGCCAGUUACCCGUGA